AUGAGGCCAAACGACGACCAGCUCCUCCUCCUGUUGACAUGCACCUUCCUCCUUUGCACCCAAACCUUGGGUGCUGACACGCUCGAGAAAGGACAGAACCUCACCGACGGUGCGACGCUCAUCUCGGAUGGCGGCGGCUCCUUCACCCUGGGCUUCUUCUCUCCCGGCGUGUCCACCAAGAGGUACCUUGGCAUAUGGUUCUCGGUGUCAAACGACACCGUUUACUGGGUAGCCAACCGCGUCAACCCCCUCGUCGACAGGUCCGGCAUGCUGGUGUUCAACGACGCCGGCAGCCUCGUCCUGCUCGACGGCUCCCGCCGGCCGGUUUGGUCUUCUGAAAUGUCCGGCGGUGCUUCCGCCGUGGCAGCUCAGCUUCUGGAGUCGGGCAACCUUGUCGUGCGCAACGGCAGCAGCGACGCCUACCUGUGGCAAUCGUUCGACUCUCCGUCCGACACCUUGCUGCCGGGCAUGAAGUUGGGCAAGUACUCUUGGUCCAGAACCGUGUGGACACUGACAUCGUGGCGAUCGGCGGACGACCCGUCUCCGGGGGACUAUAGCCGGACCCUGGAGGGGGCCGGGAUGCCGGAGCUGGUGCUAUGGCAGGGCAACGCGAAGACGUACCGUACGGGGCCCUGGAACGGAGUCUACUUCAACGGCGUCCCGGAGGCAACGGGGUACUCGCAAUGGUACCGGCUGUACGUGACCGGCAGCGGGACGGACACAACCUACGGGUACACCGCCUUGCCCGGCGCGCCGCUGACUCGCGUCGUGGUGAACCACACCGGCGUGGCGCAACGGCUGGUGUGGGAGGCGAGCAGCCGGGCGUGGAUCCCCCUCUUCACGGGACCGAAUGGCGAGUGCGACAACUACGGCAGGUGCGGGCCGUUCGGCCUCUGCAACCCCAGCGUGGCGUCGUCGCGCUGCGGCUGCAUCCCAGGGUUCAGCCGCAAGUCAUCGUCGUCUUUGAAGUUCGCUGACGGGUGUGGACGAGACGCGGACCUGGACUGCCCGACGGACGGCUUCAUGGUGGUGCCGGGGGUGAAGCUUCCCGACACGCAUAAUGCCACCGUGGCCACCGGUGUCACCCUGGAGCAGUGCAAGGCGAGGUGCAAAGCCAACUGCUCGUGCUUGGCUUGCGCCGCCGCCUAUAUACAAGAAGAAGGUAGCGACAGUUCGGGCUGCAUCAUGUGGGCGGAUACCAUUGUUGAUGUUCGUUUCAGCGACAAAGGGCAGGAUCUCUACGUGAGGCUGUCAAUAUCCGAAUUUGGUGGUGGGAAAAGCUUCCCGAUUGCACUUGUUGUGGCACCUGUAGCUUCUGCUGUUACUGUUCUUCUGGUCGUCUUCCUGAUCUGGUGGAGAAUGAGGCGCAGAAUACUAGGUGCUAUUCCUCAAAAUCCAUCCAUAGCUGUUCAUUCGGUUAAUCUUGCUACUUUAAAGCAUGUCACUGGAAAUUUCUCCGAAACUAACAUUAUCGGUCAAGGUGGAUUCGGUGUUGUUUAUAAGGCCCAGCUGGCUGAUGGAAGAAUGAUUGCGGUCAAGAGGCUUAAACAAUCAGCUCUCACCAGGAAAGGCAAAAAAGAUUUCGCUAGAGAAGUGGAAGUAAUGGCCGGGCUCCGGCAUGGGAGUCUACUUCGUCUCCUUGCUUACUGCAGCCAGGGCAAGGAGCGGAUACUCGUGUACGAAUACAUGCAGAACAAGAGCCUCAACAUCUACAUAUUUGGAACAACUGAAAUUCGUGCUUCACUGAACUGGACAAGAAGACUGGAAAUAAUCCAUGGAAUCGCGCAUGGUGUCGCCUACCUUCAUGGAGGAUCUGACAAGAGCGUAAUCCACAGGGAUCUAAAACCAGGCAACAUUCUCUUAGACGACGAAUGGAAGGCCAAGAUUGCAGACUUUGGUACUGCAAAAUUGUUCGCAAUUGAUCAAACGGGGCCAGAUCAGACAAUUGUAGUUUCCCCGGGAUAUGCAGCCCCGGAGUAUGCGCAGCGAGGAGAGAUGACAUUGAAAUGUGAUGUCUAUAGCUUUGGAGUUAUCAUCUUAGAGACUCUCAGCGGACAAAGGAAUGGCAGCACUCAGAGGCUCCUUUCACAUGUAUGGGGAUUGUCGGAGCAGAACAAGGUAAUGGAGCUUCUCGACAUAGCAAUGGUGUUGCCUCAUCCUGAUUCUGAGCAUGAGAUCUUGUCCGAGCUGAAACGGUGCAUCGAUGUUGGACUUCUAUGCGUCCAACAAACACCAGGAGACCGACCAGCCAUGCCUGCCAUUGUUGCCAUGCUAACAAACAAGACUUCACAUAUUGAUCGUCCACGAAAUCCGACAAUGGAUAGCACUGCCACGCGUUCGUCCCGUGAUCAUGAGACGGACCUCUCGAUUUCCAGUACAAUUGAUCUGACAUAA